UAGGUGAGCUGGAGCACGCCGAGCUUCGGUAGCUGGGAGGUGACAGGCGGCCGGACGAGCGAGCCGGUUCUGUUUUCCUUUUUCCUCGUCGACCUUGUGCAGCAAACAAAUGAGUACAGUGACGUUUAGGUAAAUCCCCCAACAUGCUGCCGCAUAUUCCUGGCGUGGCGACAGCUCCCUGAUCCCCCGCUGCCGUCUUAUGCUGGCUUGCUUCACGGACCGUCUCAAUUUCACCAACACAGAAGGAUUUGUUUACUGUAAGCGUUUAAUUUGCUCCUAUGUAAAUGACAACAUACACAACGUGAAGUAUGCUGGACAAGUUUCGGAGUGUGCAGUUUUGUCUGCACAGCGGCGAUGUCCGUCAGAAUACAGGCCCUUGCUUGCCGUAAAACCACCGGGCUCGAGUUGACAAGUGACCCGCGGAUUAAAGAGUUCACCCCGGCUAAUGUGUCUCCUGAACCACGGACCACCAGACGCAGGCUGACUACAUUCAUGAGUCGAGGACGCAGAGCGGGGGUGGGCACGGCGGGCGCGGAGGCACCACCGGGGGCCCCGAUCUGGAUGUUAGCGACGGCUUCAUGGGCCUCAAGGACCACCUGGAGGAUGGGGUAGGCCGCAUCCUGGACCUGGGGUUGGAUUUGGACUACCUCCAUGUGGAAACUAUGGAUCGCCAGUCUGGAGCGAGCGGCGACCCUGGUUCAGCUGCUGUGGAGAUGGGUGUGGCCCACGUGAGUGACAUCUGCUCCUCCACCUCCCUGGGGGACUCUGAGGAAAGUGCCGAUUCUGACAAUGAGGCGGAUCGGGCGCCUAGCAACUGCAGCCAUGGUGACCACCCUUCGCCUGACCCAGACCCAGCUGCAGCACCACCUAGAGAAACUCCUCAGUCUUCAGUGGUCCCUUUGGAGGAGCCCGACCAGGCUGAAAUGGCCAGGGAGUACCAGACCAAGAUGGAGUUUGCGCUAAAGCUGGGCUACAGCGAAGAACUGGUUCAACUGGUGCUAAGCAAACUUGGGCCUGGGGCACUGAUUAAUGAUAUUCUGGGGGAACUGGUCAAACUGGGCAGCAAACCAGAGGCUGAGCCAGGGUGUGGUACAGCAGCGUUGCCCUCUGCCUCGCUGUCUGCCACGUCCUCCUCUUCCUCUUCCACUUCCUCCCCUUCUGGUGUCUUCCGCUCUGCCUCCAACUCACUCCGGUCCGACUCCCCCAUCUACCCAGAGAGCCCAGAUGACACGGACAACCUGCGGCCAGUAGUGCUGGAUGGCAGCAAUGUGGCCAUGAG